UCAAUGGCAUGACAUGGCAUGGCCUGCGUGAAAUCAUGUGCGGCGCAGGUUUCGCGCUGGCGUGCCGUCUGAACUUGUUUAGUCACAAGGAAAAAAUGUGUAGCAGCCGCCGUAGAUGUUUAUUUAUUCAGGAAUCUGGAGCCAUGGCUGAUGUGAAGCCGCUGCCCAAGUCGGCCGAGGUGGUGCGCACAGUGGAGAUGCACACGGGCGGCGAACCGCUGCGGAUUGUCGUGUCGGGCCUGCCGCCGAUAGUGGGCGCCACGUUGCUGGAGAAGCGGCGGUACUGCCGGCAGCAGUUGGACCACUACCGGCGCCUGCUGAUGGCAGAACCGCGCGGACACCGGGACAUGUACGGCGCCUACCUCGUGGCGCCCGACCACCCGCAAGCGCACAUGGCCGCCCUCUUCCUGCAUAACGAGGGCUACAGCACUAUGUGUGGUCACGCCAUGAUGGCGCUGGCCCGCUACCUGGUGGAUGAGGGUGUGGUGGCGCGCGACCCCGCCGGCGACACCGAGGUCAACAUUCAGUGCCCAUGCGGUCUGGUGCGCACGUGGCUCGGCGCCGACAACAUGGUCCGCUUCCUGUCCGUGCCGGCGUUCGUGCUGCAGGCGGACCUGCGGCUUCCGCUGCCGGACGGCGGCACCUGUCGUCUGGACAUCUGCUACGGUGGCGCCUUCUACGCGUUUGUGCGCGCGGCGGACGUAGGCCUGAGGGCCGGCAGCUCGGCGGCAGCUGACUUCGUGCGCGAGGCCGCCCGCGUCCGCCGGCACGUGGCCGAGGUCGGCGUGACCGUGCGCCACCCGGAGAGCGACGACCUCGGCUUCCUCUAUGGAGUCAUCUUCGGCGACUUCGGGCCGCUGUCGGGGGCGGGCGCGCCGCCGCCGGACGCGCUGACGCUGGUGACCGUGUUCGCCGACGGCCAGCUGGACCGGUCACCGUGCGGCUCGGGUACGACCGCAUGCUGCGCGCUGCUGCACGCCGUCGGCCGGCUGCCGGCCGAUCGGCCUUGCACGUUCCGCAGCGUGACGGGCGCCGAGUUCCGGGCACGUGUGGCCAGCACAAGCGAGUUCCACCAACACCAGGCAGUGGUGGUGGAAGUGGCCGGCCGCGCCUUCUACACGGGCCGCGGCGAGUUCACCUGCGAGUCGGACGACCCGCUGGCCGCCGGCUUUCUGGUCCUCUGAGGGGGGUGGGCAGGUGGUCCCAAAGACCAUGGUAGCGGUGACCUGUGGGUACGAGGUCGAUCCUAUUCACGAGGGGCUGGUUUGUCUUCAUGGCGUGGGGCGUCAGCGGGCAACGCCGUUUGACCGUUUGGAGCGUGAAGUGGCGUCGAGCGUUGCCGCGCAGGGACACCUGCCGCCAUUUUGAAAUCAGCGAGGGUUGUUCAGCAUUGGUGCUCAGACUGAUAUGACCGCGCUCGGGCUGUCACAAUAUUACAUGUUAUGGUGAGCUUUUGGGUUUGUUGCGGAACACUUUUGUAGUUUAACGCGCUUCACACUAUAGUUAAUGUGAUGGUUGCGGGAUUGUACGCACGUGCUCAGUUAAGUUUUUUUCCAAAACCGUGCUGUUGCUGAAUGUGAACACACGCUUUGCCUUGCUGCAUUUCAAAUGGUUACUGACACGUAGUCAUUUGAAAUCAGUCAGUUUAGGUGAGAUGGAGUAACUCCCCACUUGACCUUGUGUUCAAUGUUAAUGUUUAGUCUUGCCAGAUCAGGCUUUACGAUAGAUGCAGGGGCGCAGCCAGAGCCUCGGCAAGGUGGGGGCGCACGGUUGACACACGGCCCCCUCAUGCUAAAAGGGCCUCCGAAUCAAAAGCGGUGGAUGUGGUCCAUUUGUCAUUGGGGCCAUGAUCAUAUCCACGUUUUCUUGGAUAUUAUAUAUAUAUAUAUAUAUAUAUAUAUAUAUAUAUAUAUAUAUAUUAAAGAUGGUUCACACAAAAUUACCCCAUAAAUUCGUCGCUCUUUACAUUCUUACGUUUUGAGAUCCUAUCUCAUGGUUGGAGAAUACCCAAUGACGCAAGGAGUCAGUUUUGAGUUUUGAAGGAUAAAACUUGUGCACUUAUAUUGGAAAACUUCUUUUGGCACGGGGAACACAAGUGAAGCAUGGCGAACUGAAGUAAGACAGCAUUAUAUUUUCACUUGAUACAGAUAAAAUACACUCAUAAUGGCAACACUACAAAGACAAACAUAUUGCCACAAUCCCAUCAACAGUGCUCGCCGCCCACCACCAAAGUUAUGAGAAACAGCCCAGGCAAACCCGACAAACUAAAAUGCAUCAAUGUAGUGUAUCAAUUCAAAUGCAAUGUCGAAGGGUGCAAACUUCGUUCCAUACUCUGCACUUGUGUGACCACGACACAACGCCUGACAAUGCAUUUACGUGACGGGGCACCUCUGGACCACGUGCAACACGAACAUGACGAGACAUUGACGCAACAGCUGACAAGCGUCACUGACAUUUUACGGACGUACAAUGACAGACGACGCCUUAAAAUUUGGGGAAAUGUUUUCAUUAACGGACUCUCUCCAGCCCAAAACAUGUUAACAAAGGCAUGCUUAGGGAUGUUUUAAGGUAUGUAUUAAGGUAUGUUUUAGGUGGCAGAGCCAUGUAUGUAAUUUAGGUACGUAUGUACCUACUGGCAUCAAUGCCAGUGGGUAUGAAACCUGAGCGAUCAUGGGUGCCGCAGGAGGCGAACAAACAGGCUCCCGUCAAUAAGUAUAAGGUCCUCGCAGCAAACGAAAAUAACUAAAGACCAACGUGGUGGGCCCCUGAACGAUCGGUAGUGUGCGAGUACCGAGUAUAGCGCGCGAGUAGUGGUAUCUAGACCGAACGGUAGAUGACAGAGCGUCUCGCGGAGUACGGAAAUACAGUCUAGUUCCGACCGCCGACUCGUGUGCACCCCCGCGGAGACAGACUCGAACAGGUAGUGUAUCGACAGACUGACCUAUGAAGCCCCGGUCAUAGCAUGGGACCCUCUGAGCAAAGGGGAAUUAUUCAAGACUACAGCUUAAUAAUCCUGUGCAAUCAAGAGUGCACGGGCAGGUUAACGACACGGGUCUGGAUAGGAGUGAAAAGUCGGCCGCAAAUGAGACCAAAGGGAGAGAGCCCUCGAUAAAAGAAGAGGGCCCCUGACCAUCGAGCGUCUCUGCGCCUUACCUUAUAAGAGCCCUAGCAACGGCGAAACCCCUUCCAACAGCACAUUGGGCCCUGCGAAAAAAUGGGAAGAGGUCCAGGG